UUAUUAUAGAGGGUUAUCUUCUGAAGAACGCCACUUUGUUCAGCAAACGAUCUGGGAUGUGCUGCGCGUUCGUGUUGCAGCCAGAAGGACUUUAUUUAUAAGAUAUUCUUUUUUUCCCUCUCGUUCGGCUUUGAUAGUGAACAUUCAGAUGAUGGCCUUUUCUCUACGUCUGAUGAUUUUCCCUUUUUUGAUCAUUGGCUUGUGUUUGGUCAGCGGGCAAACUACUAGCUCAACAUCUGAAGUUACUGAACCAACCUCAACUAGUCCAUCUGAUAGUACAACAACGGGGCCUGCUGUAACAACUAAUGCAGCUGAAACACCAACAACUCCUGAGUCAUCAACAGCUCAGCCGGCUGAAACUACAGUACAAUCUCAACAAACAACGCCCACAGAGUCAGAAACAACUACAUCUGUUGCUUCUACCGCAUCCCAGGAGCCAACGACUCUUGAUCCCACAACAUCUGAAAGUACUGGGUCUACUUCAGGACCUGAAACAAGUCCAUCUGGCACUGUAACAACGGAGCCUGCUGUAACAACUACUGCAGCUGAAACACCAACAACUCCUGAGUCAUCAACAGCUCAGUCGACUGACACUACAGUACAAUCUCAACAAACAACACCCACAGAGUCUGAAACAACUUCAAUUGUUGCUUCUACCUCAUCCCAGGAGCCAACGACUCUUGAUCCCACAACAUCUGAAAGUACUGGGUCUACUUCAGAACCUGAAACAAGUCCAUCUGAUACUACAACAAUGGAUCCUGCUGUAACAAGCACUGCAGCUGAAACAACAACAACUCCUGAGUCAUCUACAGCCCAGCAAACUGAUACUACCCCACAAACAACUCCCUCAGAGUCUGAGACAACUGUAUCUGGUGGUUCUACAGUAUCACAGGAGCCAACGACUCUUGAUCCCACAACAUCUGACAGUACUCAGUCAACUGUAGGACCUGAAACAAGUCCAUCUGAUACUGUAACAACAGAGCCCUCCGUAACAACUACUGCAGCUGAAACACCAACAACCCCUGAGUCAUCUACAGCCCAGCAAACUGAUACUACACCACAAACUCAACAAACGACUCCCUCAGAGUCUGAGACAACUGUAUCUGGUGGUUCUACAGUGUCCCAGGAGCCAACGACUCUUGAUCCCACAACAUCUGAAAGUACUGGGUCUACUUCAGGACCUGAAACAAGUCUAUCUGAUACUACAACAAUGGAGGCUGUUGUAACAACUACUGCACCUGAAACACCAACAACUCCUGAGUCAUCUACAGCCCAGCAAACUGAUACUACACCACAAACUCAACAAACGACUCCCUCAGAGUCUGAGACAACUGUAUCUGGUGGUUCUACAGUAUCCCAGGAGCCAACGACUCUUGAUCCCACAACAUCUGAAAGUACUGGGUCUACUUCAGGACCUGAAACAAGUCCAUCUGAUACUACAACAAUGGAGCCUGCUGUAACAACUGCUGCAGCUGAAACACCAACAACUCCUGAGUCAUCAACAGCUCAGCCGACUGACACUACAGUACAAUCUCAACAAACAACACCCACAGAGUCUGAAACAACUUCAAUUGUUGCUUCUACCGCAUCCCAGGAGCCAACGACUCUUGAUCCCACAACAUCUGAAAGUACUGGGUCUACUUCAGAACCUGAAACAAGUCCAUCUGAUACUACAACAAUGGAUCCUGCUGUAACAAGUACUGCAGCUGAAACACCAACAACACCUGAGUCAUCUACAGCCCAGCAAACUGAUACUACACCACAAAGUCAACAAACAACUCCCUCAGGGUCUGAGACAACUGUAUCUGGUGGUUCUACAGUAUCACAGGAGCCAACAACUCUUGAUCCUGCAACAUCUGACAGUACUCAGUCAACUGUAGGACCUGAAACAAGUCCAUCUGAUACUGUAACAACAGAGCCCUCUGUAACAACUACUGCAGCUGAAACACCAACAACCCCUGAGUCAUCUACAGCCCAGCAAACUGAUACUACACCACAAACUCAACAAACGACUCCCUCAGAGUCUGAGACAACUGUAUCUGGUGGUUCUACAGUGUCCCAGGAGCCAACGACUCUUGAUCCCACAACAUCUGAAAGUACUGGGUCUACUUCAGGACCUGAAACAAGUCCAUCUGAUACUACAACAAUGGAGCCUGUUGUAACAACUACUGCACCUGAAACACCAACAACCCCUGAGUCAUCUACAGCCCAGCAAACUGAUACUACACCACAAACUCAACAAACGACUCCCUCAGAGUCUGAGACAACUGUAUCUGGUGGUUCUACAGUAUCCCAGGAGCCAACGACUCUUGAUCCCACAACAUCUGAAAGUACUGGGUCUACUUCAGGACCUGAAACAAGUCCAUCUGAUACUACAACAAUGGAGCCUGCUGUAACAACUGCUGCAGCUGAAACACCAACAACUCCUGAGUCAUCAACAGCUCAGCCGACUGACACUACAGUACAAUCUCAACAAACAACACCCACAGAGUCUGAAACAACUUCAAUUGUUGCUUCUACCGCAUCCCAGGAGCCAACGACUCUUGAUCCCACAACAUCUGAAAGUACUGGGUCUACUUCAGAACCUGAAACAAGUCCAUCUGAUACUACAACAAUGGAUCCUGCUGUAACAAGUACUGCAGCUGAAACACCAACAACACCUGAGUCAUCUACAGCCCAGCAAACUGAUACUACACCACAAAGUCAACAAACAACUCCCUCAGGGUCUGAGACAACUGUAUCUGGUGGUUCUACAGUAUCACAGGAGCCAACAACUCUUGAUCCUGCAACAUCUGACAGUACUCAGUCAACUUUAGGACCUGAAACCAGUCCAUCUGAUACUGCAACAACGGAGGCUGUUGUAACAACUACUGGAGCUGAAACACCAACAGCUCCUGAGUCAUCUACAGCCCAGCAAACUGAUACUACACCACAGAGUCAACAAACAACUCCCUCAGGGUCUGAGACAACUGUAUCUGGUGGUUCUACAGUAUCACAGGAGCCAACAACUCUUGAUCCUGCAACAUCUGACAGUACUCAGUCAACUUUAGGACCUGAAACCAGUCCAUCUGAUACUGCAACAACAGAGGCUGUUGUAACAACUACUGGAGCUGAAACACCAACAGCUCCUGAGUCAUCUACAGCCCAGCAAACUGAUACUACAUCACAGAGUCAACAAACAACUCCCUCAGGGUCUGAGACAACUGUAUCUGGUGGUUCUACAGUAUCACAGGAGCCAACAACUCUUGAUCCUGCAACAUCUGACAGUACUCAGUCAACUUUAGGACCUGAAACCAGUCCAUCUGAUACUGCAACAACGGAGGCUGUUGUAACAACUACUGGAGCUGAAACACCAACAGCUCCUGAGUCAUCUACAGCCCAGCAAACUGAUACUACACCACAAUCUCAACAAACAACUGCCUCAGGGUCUGAGACAACUGUAUCUGUUGGUUCCACUGGUUCAACAUCACAACAGACUAACACCACGGUUCCAGAAGUCACACCUACAACAACAAAAUCUACGACUACAGAGAAGGUCCCGACUUGUGAAAAUGGUGGUACUCCGAAUGGGAUGAUCUGUGUUUGUCGUCCUGGAUUUGAAGGGGAAAGGUGUGAAAAGGUUCAAAGUAUUUUGCCAGAUAAGUUUGAGCAGAAGGUGGUUGUUGUGGUGGUGAUCAUUAAGCCAUUUAUUCCAGCGUAUAAGGACGAAAACUCAACUCAAUACAAAGACUUUGUAGAGGACUUUAAAGAAAAGAUGAACAAAACCUACUACGGAAAAGUAAAACAUUACAAAGGGAUCCUUGUGAAGAAACUAAGUCCUGGGAAUGCUGGUAAAAAACCAGAUCACACAGUGAAAGAGAAAAGAUCAGUCAAAGAGGAUGCACCGCUGGCAGACGGUGUAACAGUGGACCAUGAUGUGGUUUUGGAAAUUCCCAACGUUGACUAUACACAACAAUAUGAUGAAGGCGUUGACGACAUAGUAGAUGUCCUGGAAGAGAUGGUAUCGUGUGAAGAAGAUUGUGAGCUUAGUGUUUCCAGCAGCGUUACCAGCAAAACUGAAUUUAAUGAGACAGCUGAAUGUAUGAAAAGAGUUAACGACGAUGAUCUAGCCCAAUAUUUCACUCCGACAACGUUAGGGAAUGGAUCCUUAGCUUGUCUAACCAGAUGUAACCCAGAACACCCCACAGAUCCUCUAAACUGCAAAAAUGGGGGAAAGUGUACACUCUACAAAGACGUGGGAGAGUCUACACCAAACCAAGCUUCUGCCGCCCUGGCGUCCUCUUCCACAACAUCU